AUGAUGGAGACAAAUUCUGAACGUCAUUCUAAUGCUUCCUCAGCUGCGUCUUAUUAUGAGGGCUGCAAACAUGUGGAUAAAAAGGGGGCUGACUUUUGUAAGUCUGCCAAUGUGGGUGCUUCAAAAAGGGGUUAUAAGUUUGAGAGGUUUAGUAUUCCCUUAUUUUUUGUGAAGGCCUUCGUAUUUGUGAGUUUCGUCAUGCUGUUGCAGUUUUGUUUGCCUAGUAUGAGUGCCCACCAAAGCGGAGUACAUACCUAUGGUGCCCCCGGCAGCAGCGGAGCAAGGAGCUACUACCCCCCCAAGGCAAGAGGGAAGAGAAUUCUAAUCGAAUGUUUAAAAAAUAUAAACACGACAUAUGAUACGUUGGAGCAGAACAUAGUGGAUAAGAUAGAAAAUAUUUACGAACAGCAGAGACGAAACAUCGUAUCAAAAAUAAUGGCAUUUGUAAAAAAAAUCGAUUUAAUUUUGGAAAAAGAAAUUGUAAAGACGUUAAAAUAUAUCGAUGCUGAGAAGGAUGAGCCUAUUAAAUGUGGUAUAAAUUUUUUCGAAAAAAUAAAAAAAUUCUUUUCCGGAUUGAAGAUCUUUUCUACCCCUGUGUUGGGUACCAUGGCCGCCUUAACUGCCUACUAUUUUAAGGCCCAAGCCUUUACCGCUGUGAUUAGUGUGGGUGUAGCCUUUUUGCCCCUCAUGUCUACGUGCUACUUGAUGUAUAAAAUAUUUAAAAUACGUAGUGAGAUGUCGAAAUGA